AUGCAGUCAGCCAUAGACACCAUCAAGAACACAAUUGGAGAGAACUUUGGUGGUGCGGCUCAAAAGUUGAGCACACAUCAGUUCAGUCUCGAUGAUGUCCCUGAUUUGACCGGCAAAGUCGCGGUGGUGACGGGAGGCAGCGAAGGCAUUGGAUACGGCUGCACUCACACGAUGCUGAAACAUAACAUUGCCAAGAUCUACAUUCUGUCCGUAUCCGAAGAGGUUGUCAAGGGAGCCAAAAAUGCCAUCGCUGAGGACUUGGGCCAAGAAGCCGCGAAUAAGACGCAAUGGCUCCAAUGCGAUGUGUCCGACUGGACGAGAGUCAAGGACAUGGCCGAGCAGAUCAAGAAAGAAAGCAAUCGCCUUGAUAUCUUGAUAAACAACGCCGCCCGCGGCAUCAUGACAUACCAACUCACGGACUACGGAGUGGAUAGGCACAUGGCUUUGAAUCAUAUGGGGCAUGUCAUUCUCACGUCACACUUGCUCCCGUUGAUGAAAAGGACUGCCGAGCAAGGGAACGUGGUCAGAAUUAGCAACCAAGCCAGUAACGCUCAUCAAGCCACGCCCAGUGAUACCAAAUUCGAGAACCUUGAGGAGCUCAAUCGGGAUCUUGGCCCAAAUGGGCAAUACGGUCGAAGCAAACUGGCGGGUAUCUUAUAUGCAAGAUACUUCAAUCGGCAUGUCACGCAGGCUGGCCAUCCGAAUGUCCUCAUGAAUGCGACUCAUCCUGGCUUUGUCAGUACCAAAAUGAGCAAAGACGAUAUCCAUGAGCCUUAUCCCCUCGGUGGAUAUGCCAUGUCAGUCGGUUUUGAACCGUUCAAGAAGGAUCAGUGGGAUGGUGCCGUGUCUACAAUGUUUGCGGCGACUGCCACAGACAAGUCAGGCCAGUAUAUUUGUCCGCCAGCGGUUCCAGAGUCGGGUAACGAGCUUGCUCAGGAUGACAAACUGGCCGAUCGUCUCAUGCAAUUGACUAGACAGGUGGUGAUGGAGAAGACGAAACGCCAAUCGGCGGACCAAGGCUGUCCAUUUGACGAUCUCGUAUUUCAUUAA